UCCAAGGUCAGCGCAGGCCUGAGCCAGCCCUCGGGCUGCACCGCUCUGCACUGUGCUGCAGCGUCCCUGCUGUGCCAGGCGCGUCCCAGCUGCUUCUGCCUCUGCCACUUUCUCUUCUCCUCCUCCUCCUGCUGCUGCUGCCCCGCGAUGUGGCUGUGGCUGCUGGUGCUGCUGGGGCUGUGGCUGCUGUGGCGUUGGCACCGCGAGCGGCAGACGGUGCCCGGCCUGGAUGAGAAGUUUGUGCUGAUCACGGGCUGCGACUCGGGCUUUGGCAACGUGCUGGCACGGCAGCUGGAUGCGCGGGGGCUGCGGGUGCUGGCGGGCUGCCUGACGGAGCCAGGGGCCGCACAGCUGCGGGCAGCCGCCUCGUCACGCCUGCAGACCGUGCUCCUGGACGUCACCUCCAGCAGCAGCAUCGCCGCCGCCGCCGCCUGGGUGCAGGAGCGCGUGGGGGAGCGAGGGCUGUGGGGGCUGGUGAACAACGCCGGCAUCGCCGCCCCCGCCGCCCCCAACGAGUGGCUGAGCAAGGACGACUUCGUGGCGGUGCUGAACGUCAACCUGGUGGGGCUGAUCGAGGUGACGCUCAGCCUCCUGCCGCUGGUGAAGCGGGCGCGGGGCCGCGUGGUCAACGUGGCCAGCGUGAUGGGCCGGCUCGCCUUCUUCGGGGGGGGGUACUGCCCCUCCAAGUUUGGUGUGGAGGCUUUCUCCGACAGCCUGCGGCUUGAGAUGCGGCACUUCGGGGUGAAGGUGAGCAUCAUCGAGCCGGGCUACUUCAAGACGGCCAUCACCAACUCCCCAAUCGUGGAGAAGAGCUUCAUCAGCAUCUGGGAGAGGCUGCCUGACGAAACCAGAGCGAGUUACGGGGAGAAUUACCUGCAGGAGUUCCUGGCAGCCAUGCGGGCGAUGCAGAAGAAGUGCAACCCCAACCUGUCGCUGGUGACGGACUGCAUGGAGCACGCGCUGACCAGCUGCCACCCGCGUUACCGCUACGCAGCCGGCUGGGACGCCAAGCUGCUCUACAUCCCGCUCAGCUACCUGCCCUCCGCCCUCAGCGACACCAUCCUCAGCUGGUCCUACCCCAAACCCGCCCAGAGCGCAUGAGGCGGUGCGGGCAGCGUGGGGCCGGGUGUGUGGGGCAGAGCCCGCAUCGCCCCGCAGCCGAGAUCCCCAGGUUCUACAUCAGCACGCACCGCACGGCACCGCUACAGCAGGCGAACUACUUGCUGCUGAAUAAAGACGACCUCCUCCUCCC